ACAUACACAACGAAGAGUGCAUUCAUUAUUUUCGGUUCAAAUCAAGUCGAAAUGCAAUUUUUUUUAAUUUUACUUUGAUUUCAUUUGUCGACAUUUAAAUUGAAUCCAAUAGAAGAAAAGAAACUCAUUUUUAUCGUUUCUGUAAUUUAUUUUAUUUUUCAAAUAAGAAAAUAACACCCUCAAAUACAGGGAACCAUCAUUGCUGAAGAAAAAAAAUCCAAUUCCAUAUACACACAGAAUGAAUCUGUGCGAUUUGAUUGAAGGGAAAAAAUCAAUAAUUACCAUCACAGCAUACGACUCGUUUUAAAAGCAGUUUGCUUUAGGACACGAGCGGAUAAUGAACCAACAAAACACACACACACACACUCAAUCUAAUCUCUCGCACACAUGAUGUGAACCCAUAAAAAAAUAAAUGAAUAAAAAAAAACCAACCAAAUGAAUAAAUCUCUAAAUAUCAAAUGCAAAUAAAUAAUAAAAUUGCAUUCAUGUUUUGCCAUUCGGUUUUUGAGCAAAACACCAAACAAAAUCAAAUCCGAUAUUGACCGAACAGAAACCAAACAAAUCACAAAUGUCUUCCAUUUAUUUGUGAAAUUAGUGUUAAGAAUAUUUAUAUAUCUACAUCGUAUUGCGUAUACACCAACUAUUUUGAAUGAAUUAGAAUGUAAGAAAAUAAUGUGACAUCUCGUUAAAAUCUGAAUCGAAGUCUUCCAUUUUUUAAAAAGAAAAAAUAUAGAAAAAACAAAAAUAGUAUUGUAAUAUAUACAUAUAUGUUAAAUCGUCAAUGCUAUUUUGGCAACAUUUUUACUUGAACAAGAACAAAAAUUCUUCUUUCACAAAAAUUUGAUUGAAUCAAUCAAAGUAAAUUUAGCUGAGUGCUUUUUGCGCCACACUCAAUUUGUUUGAACAAAAACACCCAAAAAUAAAUGUGAAAUAGACGCGAAAAUUGAUUGGUUGAAGACGGUGCACAAACAAUGGCAAAAAAAUUAAAGAGUGUCAAUGCAAGCCACCCGUCAACGUCAUCGUCGUCCAAUGCAUUCGCCUAUAAGAAUUUCAAUUCGACGAGCGGCGGUGGUAAACGUCGAAAAAAUCGUAAAAAAUAUUUCGAACAUGAUACACGAACGCGAACCAUACGAACGACCACCGUUGCAAAUCCAAGUGCUGGCACAACAACGGCAGCCAUAAAAAAGAUAAAAUUCAAUAAUGAAAUCCGUAUUUUUGAAACGAAAAAUGACCACAUCGAUGUGACAACAAUACAAACGCCAACGGCCAAAAAGAAAAAACCAUUUAAAACCAUUGGCUGCACAAUUGGACAAAAGAAACGUAGCACAUUUCGAAUGCGACGCAAUGCAAAUAAUGCGUCGAACAAUGCAACGGCAACAAGCAUUCAAACAACCACGAAAAAACUGCAAAAACAAUUGAUUGAAACGCAAAAAAAAUUACAAAAACAAUUGAACGCAUUACAAGAUCAAAACCAUUCAUUUCUUGCACUAUUGCAUUCGAAUUGUAUGCAUAAAAAUGAUAGUGGUGCAGUCAAUACUGCUACUACUGCUACUAAUGCCACAUCAUCGCUUAUAUAUGACAAUAAUAAUGAUUAUAAUGACGAUGAUGGGGGCGGCCGGGGCACUCACAACGACCACACACACAAUUCUCAUGUCAAUUUAAAUGCAAUUCAAAAAUUGCCGAACACCAUUGGAGUUGGGCAUUCAAAUCAAAAUCUACUAUGUUCUGAACAAUUUUACAAAAUUUUCACGGAUCAAAGUAAAUGCUCAAUCGAUAAAAUGGCAAACGGAAACAAAGCCACGACCAUUAGAGCAUUUACUUGUGAAUCAAAAAGUAAAAAUUGCUCGGUGUCAACCGAUCCAGAAGCAAAAAACCAUACAUCGUUGUCACCAAACGAUUUGUGCAAUCAUCACUGCAACAACUGUAUUGAGAACGCAAAAAGCUACACAAGUACCGGCAUUGGUCAAACCAUUGCAAAUAUUAAAAGGCCAAAAAUUCACAUUAAAAAACCACUAUUGAAAAGUAUCAUUCUCAGCACGAACAACCACAAUACCAAUAAUAAUCAAUCGCCAAUUGCGGUGAAUAUUAAACAGGAAAUUGACGAGCAUAGCGAAUGCGAAGUGAUACAUUUUACAAAAGGGCCAUUGCAACCAAUUAGCGAUUGUGGUGGUGAGUGUUCAGCUACAAAAUCACCGAUAUCGACUAAAUUUCAACACGAAAUGCAAUACUCCGAUACCAAAAAGACUAAACAAAUCAAUUCGUACUUUAAGUCAAAUGAUUUUGUACAACAAAAUGCGCGGUCAUAUUCACCACCGUUACCUGUAACACAUCGACUUACAUCCAUGGUAUCGAACGAUUCAACACUUACAAACACCAUCACCAAUAACAACAACAACAACAACAAUCUCUCACGACGCUCAAACACGUCCAGAGAAGGGAAAUCCAGCAAAAGGCGCAAAAAACAUAGACGAUCCUAUUCGAGAGAAUCACGAUCAAAAUCACGAUCAUACUCACGGUCUCGCUCAUCAUCCCGAUCUAAAUCUCGAUCGACUUCAAGAAGUCAUCGUCGACGCAGUUCUCGAUCACGAUCAAGUAGUUUCGAUGAAAAUGCCCGACGUUACAGCCAAGAGAGAAAGAAGAAAUCACAUUCAAAGAAUCGAGACGUCUUCCGACGAUCAUCUAAACGGGAUGAUCGAAAUUGUGGAUGUAGUUGCAAUUGUGUCAAUUAUUGCAAAAAAUCGUCGAAACAGCAUAUGUCGAAAAAUAACUCAAAAUCACCAACAAAUGAUUGUGCAUUUAGUUCGAAACAAAGCAACAUUUCACCAUCGGAUAGCAAGAACAAUAAGCGAUUAACUACAACAACAUCAUCAGACAAUGCAAAUGGUUCAUCAACAUCUAAGAAAAAACCGAUAACAAUGAGUAGUGGUGUUUUGCUGAAACAGCAGCCAAUUGUAAAAUUGCAUGCAUCGCCAGCAACCGGCAGUGAUACGGAAAAUGAAAUCGAUGAUAAAUUCGAUCGAAAAUAUGAGGAACUAUUGACAUUCGAAACGAAUGAAGAUGAGCGUCGUGAACAACGUCUAUUGAAAGCAUUAUCCGAUAUAGCGGCAAAGGCAAAGCAAAAAAUUCAAUCGAUUAGCAGUGAUUCGUCUGUGGCCAAAAGUGUGCAUGCCGAUCGAAAUCAUAACGAUCGUUCUGCAACCAAAUCGAAUAAAUCGUUCAAGCAUAAUACCAUUAAAAAAACGAACGAAUUACGCGAUGAACGUCGAUCGGAGCGACAAACAUCAGUGGAUGCUGAUUAUUCGCCACGCGAACGAAAAAAUUCGAAGCGAGAGCCGUCGAGACGCUCUCGUCGGGAAAGUAGCUACAGUAGCAGUAGCAGCAAAGAGGAAAAGUCCACGCGGUCGUCACGCUCACCAUCAAUACCACGAAGACGCGGAUCACCCAGCUUCCUCGAUCGACGUCGCAUCACCAGCGCACGGAAAAAGCCAAUACCAUACCAACGCUCGUCGCCAUAUGAUAGCUACGACGAAAGAGACUCUUCAUAAAUGGCCAGCACUAUGAGGUGCACUGCAAUCAUGACAACUUCAAUUCGAUAACAAUAAACUCAUUUAACAAUACUCAAUUAUAAAAAGAAAAAUGCAUAUAUUGCUAACAAAAGCAAAUUUUGUGAACUGGGCUGAAUUUUGCGUGAUUUUUUUUUGUUUUAACAAGAAAUAAAAAAUGUGAAAAAUAAAUAACAUUUCAACAGAAAUCUAGAGCUGAA